AGCUUUACUCCGAGAUCACCCGGCGCAAUAGCACAACGCACCAACCCGUAUAUUAACAACAUUUAACUUCACAACUUCGGAGAUUCGAAAUUCAAAUAAAUUUUAAUCACCGAAUGGCAAAAUACAUUGCACAAGUCAUUGUACUUGGUAGUCAAGUAUUAGGACGAGCAUUUGCUCGAGCUCUGCAGCAAGAAUUUGCUGCUGCUUCUUCAGCAGCAAAACGAGGAGGUGGCAGCAAAGCUCAAGCUGAAGCAAAUGUAAAGCUUGGAAUGACGUUGCAGGAGGCAAAGGACAUUUUAAGUGUUAGAGAUCUUGACCUUGAAAAAAUCAACAAAUCAUAUGAACAUUUAUUUGCGGUGAAUGACAAAUCAAAAGGUGGUAGUCUUUAUUUGCAGUCAAAGGUUUUUAGGGCAAAAGAAAGAAUAGAUCAAGAGCUAAAUUAUCAAAAACAAGAGAGUUCUAAAAGCAGUCAAAAAUAAGUAUUUUUGAAUUGACAAGUUCCCUUUGUAGAUAUCUUCAGCAAUAUUUAUACUGAUAUUUUAUUUCAUAUGUUUAUUCAUAUAUUGUACAGUUGUAAAACCAAAUUAAAUUGUU